AAAACGCUACAAUUUGGUGACCCCGACUUGAGACGUGAGUGAUUACGUGCGGACACAUCUGAAAAAUGGAACAACAACUACAGGAACAACAAACGCUCAUCGCGCGACUGCAGGAACAAUUAGCGCAAAGUCGACAACAACCGGAACCUACAACAGAUACGAUAGAGGAGAUUAGAAAGGUUAAAUUACCAAUUUUUUGGCAAAAGGACCCCGUCCUAUGGUUUGCACAAGUAGAUGCCCAAUUACAUACGUAUAAAAUCAGGUCAGACAUCACAAGAUUUUUCACAGUGGUAGCUGCACUCGAUUGUAAUGUAUUACAACAAGUCUCCGACGUCGUGGCUAAUCCACCCUCGACAGACAAAUACGAGACCAUAAAGAAGAAACUCAUUGCGGCGUAUUCUGACUCGCAGGAUCGUCAGUUGCGCAAGCUGCUUAAUGAAAUUGAAUUAGGUGAUCACAAACCUUCCCAAUUACUGCGACAGAUGAGAAGCUUAGCAGAUAAACGCAUUAACGAAGACGUACUGAAGACCCUGUGGGUGCAGCGCUUGCCUCAAAAUGUCCAGCUCAUUCUUUCUGCCAGGAGAAUUUUUCUUUGA